UCCAGGUUUGGAAACCUGUCAAUGUCACGUUUGUAGUGUGUUAAACUGAUGGCUUUCGGUGGUUAAAUACUUUAUUUUUUAUAUAUAAUUAACAUGUAUCACUUAAACUGUGUAUUAGUAAAUUCUGUGAGAAGCGUGUGUCGACAGCUGGCUGCCAACGGAAGCGCACUAUGUGGAAACAGUGGGCUACAGAGAGCAUUAUGUACCAGCACAGUGAGACAUCAGGAGACUGCAGCAUCAAGCACAGACUCACAGAAAACAUCCAAAGACUUCAGCCAUGUUCCUCCUCUGCCUGGUCAGGAGAGUUCACUCAGAUGGGCAGGGAAGAAGUUUGAAGAGUUACCUAUCAUUCACAUUAAAGCCACGUACAACAACACACACAUCCAGAUGACAGACAGCGAGGGGCAGUCUCUGGUCAGGACGUCCUGUGGAACAGAAGGCUUCAAAAAUGCCAGGAAGUCAACACCCGUUGCUGCUCAGACUGCAGGAAUCUCUGCUGCUGCGAAAGCCACAGCAAAGGGAGUGACAUUUGUCCGAGUCGUGGUCAAAGGUCUCGGUCCUGGACGUCUGUCUGCGAUCAAAGGCCUGACAAUGGGCGGCCUGGAGGUGGUAUCGAUCACUGACAACACCCCUGUGCCACACAAUGGAUGCCGCCCACGCAAAGCCAGAAGGAUGUGACCUCAGCAAAGACUGAAAGCAGGAGGAAGAACCAGGAGGAAGCCGUGUGUUGUAAUGUGCUAAUAAAGUGUUUUGUUGUCUAA